AUUCCACGCGUCCAAUGACAUUUAUCAAGAUUGAUCGGAAUAUAAAUUCAGUUUGAAUCUUUUUAACGAUGGCAACUCCCGAUACUUCGGCUGCGAAAAUGGCGGGACAGGAUCGUCAAAAGUUAAAAGUUGUUGCAUGGUUGCAAAAUCUUGUUGAGCGACUGAAAGGAUGGACUCCAGGACAUUGCCAGAAGCUAUUCGAUGAGAAGGAGCUCAUCCAGCUUUGUUAUCGUGCUCGUGAAGUCUUCUGGAAGAACAAUGUGAAGUUAGAGCUGAAGGCUCCUGUCAAGAUAUGCGGAGAUCUUCAUGGGCAGUACGAGGAUUUAUUGGCCCUGUUGGAAUUGAAUGGAUGGCCUCCAGAGACCAAGUAUCUCUUUCUGGGAGACUACGUUGAUCGAGGACCGUUUUCGAUCGAGGUCAUCUCAUUGCUCUUCGCCUAUCAAGUCCUCCACCCGGACAAAGUUUUCUUGCUCCGAGGAAAUCAUGAGAGUCGCCCGGUUAACAUGCAAUACGGAUUCUUUAUGGAAUGCCGUAAAAGAUUUUCAAAUGCUCUCUACGAUGCGUUCCAACUGGCAUUCUACUGCAUGCCACUUUGUGCAGUAGUCAGCGACAAGAUCAUCUGUAUGCAUGGCGGAAUUUCCGAGGAUUUGGUGGAUUUGAGACAACUUGACAAAGUCGAACGUCCCUGCGAUGUUCCCGAUAUUGGCGUCAUUGCUGACCUGACAUGGGCUGAUCCGGAUGCCACCAUUCAAAUGUACGCCGAGUCGCAACGUGGAGCCGGUCGUGUCUUUGGAGCAGAAGCAGUCAAGAAAUUCCUGAACACCCAUCAUCUCGAACUUGUCGUUCGUGCCCAUCAAGUCGUCAUGGAUGGCUACGAAUUUUUUGCUGAUCGGCAACUCGUCACCAUCUUCUCGGCGCCAUCAUACUGUGGACAAAUGGACAACGCUGCGGCAGUUAUGACUGUGGAUGAAGAAUUGGUGUGUUCCUUCACUGUGAUGCGUCCGGACUUGAAGAAAGACAAAGAAAAGAAGGCAGCUGUAGGAAUUGUCCCCAACUAACAGGCGUGCCCACCAUUCAAGGAUCAAUUUUGAAUUAGAACUACUUGAUUUUGUAUUUACCAAUAAAUUUUUUGGUGUUU